AGAGUCAAAAGGAAAGAAUAUUAUGAUCCGUUUUGAUUUUGAUCGUCGAUCAGAGAUAUAUCACAUCGGGAGUUCUCAUAAAUACAUCACUUUGGAAUCGUAUGACAUCUUAACCGUAAUCACGCGAUAUUUUUAACCGGAUGUAGCUAUAGCUUUCUUCGUCUAAUGAGGUGAUAUAACGACACGCUUCAGACUUCGUAGUUAUGAGAGUUCUUAUCAGUGUCUCAUCCCCUCAUCCAGGACUCACAUCUACCUGCUGAUAACAAAACUCCGCGAGAUAUUUAUUAUCAUUCCAUGAUCGGCGUGUAUAGCCUUCAGUUUAUCGUGCAAGAAUUGUAACAUCGUGUAACGUAAAAUGGAAGUAUCUGUAUCCUGUGUGCUGAUGAAGACGUGUGCUCUCGUGGUAAUAAUCUGUGCAAUCAUUUCUCCAUCUCACUCUUUCAACGUGACGGCUAAUGAUACAAACGUAUGCAAUACCACCCAAACGUACAUGGUAGCAUAUCGUACCCUUCAAUCUCGGAGCGAGCGGUACACUGAUUAUUGUAGCUGGUUGUCCUGGAGGGAAUGUUCUUACUACAGGAUAGUUUACAAACUUGUGUCAACUUUACACCAAGUUAAUAGAUCUGCGCUGACGUGUUGUGAUGGUUGGAUUUAUUCAAAUACAACAAAUGCAUGUGAUACUCCCCUAUGUGAUCCUGUAUGCAUUGAAGGGCAUGGAGUUUGUACGGCGCCUGGAAACUGCUCCUGCGGCCCUGGUUUCGUCGGUUCUCGAUGCGAGCUGGCAUGUCCGUCGGGUACAUUCGGCCAGAACUGUAGUCAGAAUUGCUCUUGUGCCGGUGAUGGUCCAUGUCAUCAUAUCACCGGGGAAUGCACCUGUUCACCAGGGCGGAUGGGAGUGGACUGCAAUGAAACCUGCCCAGAAGGGACAUAUGGUGCCAACUGCUCAUUCUCUUGUCUUUGUCAGAAUGAUACUACUCAGUCAUGUGACCCUGCUAAUGGGCUUUGUAGUUGCAAGCCUGGAUGGACAGGUUCAAUUUGUAAUGAAAGUUGUCCACCAGGAACAUAUGGACCAGAUUGCAGUCUUCGAUGCUCUUGCUCUCAUGGCGGUACAUGCCAGGCAAUAAAUGGAUCCUGCAUUUGCGGAACCGGGUGGACUGGCAUCCAGUGUGAAACACCAUGUCCGGCUGGAUUUCAUGGUCCAGGAUGCCAACAUCAAUGUGAUUGUGCUGGCGGAGGAUCGUGUGAUCGAUUUACAGGACUAUGUACUUGUGAUGUUGGACUUCAAGGACCUUACUGCAAUGAGACUUGUGAUCCUAAUUUUUAUGGACUGAAUUGCUUCAAUCGAUGUUCCUGUGAAAAUGGUGGCUUAUGUGAACCUAUAAAUGGAACAUGUAAGUGUGCAACUGGAUGGCAGGGCGAAUCAUGUGACCAGCCAUGUCCAAGAGGGACCUACGGAAUCAGCUGUCAGUCACCUUGUCUCUGUCGCAACGGUGGAUCGUGCAAUCACAUCACUGGAGUGUGCACAUGCUCGGCCGGAUUCAUGGGAGCUACUUGUGAGAGUCAGUGUGCGGAGGGGACCUACGGUGUUGGAUGCUCUGAGAGAUGUGAAUGCCAAAAUGGUGGUAACUGUAGCCAUGUUGAUGGUAGUUGUUCAUGUGCAGAAGGCUACAGAGGAAUCUUUUGUUCCAUGCUCUGCCAAGAUGGAUACUAUGGAAGCAACUGCUCAUCUCGCUGUACCUGCCAACAUGGGGACUGUAAUCACAUGACUGGCCUAUGUGAUGUAUGUAGACCUGGAUGGGAAGGAGACCUUUGUGAUCAAAGAUGUGCAGAGGGUUACUACGGUGACCAAUGUAACCAGACAUGCCAAUGCCAGAACGAAGGGCGGUGCAACCAUGUCAAUGGAACAUGUACCUGUUUGAGUGGAUGGAUGGGUGAGGUGUGCAGUGAUCCAUGUCCAGCUGGUACCUAUGGGCAGGAGUGCCUAUUCCAAUGUGCCUGCUCCAAUGGAGGGACUUGUAGAGCUGAUAACGGGGAAUGUAUGUGCCCCCCUGGAUACCAAGGAUUUUUCUGUGAAAAUCCAUGUGAAGAAAAUUAUUAUGGCCAAGGUUGUCUUGAGCAAUGCAAUUGCGAGAACGAUGCUGCUUGUGAUCAUGUGACUGGGAACUGUACCUGUCUCCCUGGAUGGGAUGGUCCAUUCUGUGCAGAAUCAUGUCGAUCUGGUUACUUUGGUGAUAGAUGCAAUCAGGAGUGUAGGUGUGGAAACCACUCUUCGUUCUGUAAUCCUUUGACUGGUGCCUGCACGUGUACAAGUGGAUGGCUAGGAGAAUCAUGUGACAUUCCUUGUCCAAAUGGUUAUUAUGGAAUGAAUUGUCUGUUGAGAUGUAUGUGUGAAAACGAUGGACAAUGUGAUCCUACCACUGGAGAUUGCAGCUGUCUUGAUGGAUUCUUUGGACUAUUCUGUGGUUCUGACUGCCAUUUCUUAGAAGGCAACUUGUAUGGUCAAGAUUGCUCUGAAACUUGCCCAUGUGAGAAUGGAGCUUACUGUGAUCAUCGAGACGGGAGCUGUACAUGCGAACCAGGAUGGAGUGGAGAACACUGCCAAGAUCCUUGCUCCAUUGGAUUCUUUGGCAUAGGAUGUAACUCCUCUUGUGAAUGCGAGAAUGGGGGCAUCUGUGAUCAUGUGACAGGGAGCUGUGAUUGCAUGGAUGGAUACAUGGGGGACAGAUGUCAAGAAACAUGCCCAGAAAAUUAUUAUGGACGUAGGUGCAGUCAGCCGUGUGACUGCCGCAACGGUGGCUCAUGCGAUGGUUUUACAGGUGACUGCACGUGUGCUUCAGGUUACACAGGGAAAUCUUGCAGUCAAGUUUGCCCCAAUGGAACCUAUGGCCUUUCUUGCUCAGAGAACUGUCAAUGUUCAGACAACGCUAUCUGCUCACACACUGAUGGUACCUGCAUAUGUGGGGCUGGUUUCACAGGCCCCUUGUGUCAAGAGCCAUGCCCUGAAGGAACAUUUGGAGCUAAUUGCUCUCUUACAUGCCGUUGUGUAAACGGUGAAUGUGAUGGUGUCACUGGAAGAUGUAGUUGCUUGGCUGGAUGGAAAGGGUCUACGUGUGAAUCUCACUGUGAUUUUGGAUAUUAUGGUUUAGGUUGUAUGGAACUGUGCCUUUGUGAAAAUGGUGCCUUUUGCAACAAUACAAAUGGCAACUGUACCUGUGCUAAUGGCUGGCAAGGUGAUGUCUGCAGUGAACCAUGUGAACUAGGAUUCUAUGGUAACCAUUGUCAAGAAGUUUGCUCCUGUGAAAAUGGAGCUUACUGUCAUCAUGUGAGCGGAGUGUGUCAUUGUUUGCCUGGAUAUAUUGGAGACCAUUGUGAGGAUACCUGCCAAAGUGGAUAUUAUGGGUCAGGGUGUAGCAGUGUUUGCGCAUGUCAGAAUGGAGGAGUAUGUGAACACACCAAUGGAACAUGUCAUUGUCCUGCUGGAUUCUAUGGCCCUUUAUGUGAACUCCAAUGUCCUCAAGGAUUUCAUGGUGCUGGUUGCCAAUUAGAUUGCCAGUGCCAGAACAACGCCACAUGUGAUCAUGUGACCGGAGCCUGCCAAUGUCGACCAGGGUAUAUUGGUGCACUCUGCGAGACACCGUGUCAAAAUGGGCACUAUGGUGACCGAUGCAAAGAGCAGUGUCAGUGUUUUCAUAACAGCUCCUGUGAUCAUGAGACUGGGGUCUGCAUAUGUGCCAAAGGUUACAUCGGUGACAUGUGUCAGCAUCCAUGCCCGAGACCCGACUUGUAUUUUGGUUGGAAAUGUGAGGAGCCAUGCAUUUGUCCACUUGGAGGACUCUGUCAUCAUGUGACUGGUGUUUGUCUUUGUGAAACGCUUGGUGAUGGAUCCGGAACUGCUUGUAGUGAACCAUGUGAUGAUGGUUACUAUGGCAAUGCUUGUAGGAUGCAGUGUUACUGUCAGAAUGGAGCAUCUUGUGAUAGAGUGACAGGAGACUGUAGCUGUACACCAGGCUGGAUAGGAGAACACUGCACAGAUCCAUGCCUUCCUGGGUACUUUGGUCAAGACUGUGCCUCAAUCUGUAGAUGCAAGAAUGGUGGUACCUGCGACCAGAUGUCAGGUAGAUGCACCUGUGCUCCAGGUUGGAAAGGACCUAACUGUGAGAGUGAGUGCCAUGAAGGAACAUAUGGAGACAACUGCAAUUCAACUUGUACCUGUCAGCAUGGUGGACUUUGUGAUCAUGUUACUGGGGAUUGCACCUGUCUGCCAGGUUACCAGGGAGUCCACUGCGAAAGACUCUGUGAUGAAGGAUUCUAUGGAGUUCUGUGUCAGGAAAGCUGUCUUUGUGUAAAUAAUGGUGUAUGUAAUCCCAUUAAUGGCUCAUGCUCCUGUCUACCCGGAUACAGGGGAAGGUUAUGCGAGUACCAGUGCCCAGUUGGAACCCAUGGGCAGGACUGCAGUGAACUAUGCAAUUGCCAUAAUGGUGGUUCCUGUGACUUUCGUACUGGGAAAUGUACAUGUAAUCCAGGCUGGCGGGGUAGGCAUUGUGAGUAUGAAUGCGAAGUUGGUAGGUAUGGAUACGAGUGCGCAGAGGGAUGUGCCUGUACCAAUGGAGCAUCCUGUCACCAUGUCACUGGAGAAUGCACCUGUUUGGCUGGAUGGAUGGGAGAUUACUGCAAUGUACAGUGCCCAGAAGGAUGGUAUGGUCUUGGCUGCAACAGCACCUGCCAAUGUCAGAAUGAUGGUGUAUGCAACAGGAUCACUGGGUACUGUGACUGCACAGAUGGUUGGCGCGGAACCUUUUGUAGCCUACCUUGUCACCAGGGAUGGUUUGGUAGUGAGUGCCUGGAUCGUUGUGAUUGCCUGAAUGGAGCUGUUUGUGACCAUGUGUCUGGUGUCUGUAGCUGUACACCUGGCUGGCAGGGGGUCAACUGUGCCACAUCCUGCGACUUGUGGCAGUAUGGCAAUUACUGCAACCAAACUUGCCUUUGUGAUGAUUCAUCAACUGCCUCCUGUAAUCCCAUAUCAGGGUUGUGUGAGUGUAUGCCAGGGUGGAUUGGAAGGACUUGUAGUGAUCCAUGUCCCUCUGGAUUCUUUGGACGAGAUUGCGAGAUGAACUGUGGUUGUGAAAACGGGGCCACUUGUGAUCCCACUGAUGGGUCAUGUAACUGUAAGCCUGGAUUCAGAGGUGUGUUUUGUGAAAACAUGUGCUUGGAUAACACAUAUGGAAGUGGGUGUAUCAAUACAUGUAACUGUGUGAAUUCUUAUUCCUGCUCUCCUUUCACUGGUGAGUGUUUGUGUUGGCCUGGAUGGACUGGUGAGAGAUGUGAUCAACAAUGUCCUCAGGGUUCUUACGGUGAUGGUUGUAACUACACCUGUGAUUGCUUGGUUGGAGAUGACUGUGACCCUGUCAGAGGCAGAUGCAACUGUUCAUCAGAUUCUGAACCACUUUGUCAAAAUGGUGGUAUCUGCAAUGGUCAUUCCUGUUCUUGCUCUGCUGGAUGGAUGGGAGACCAGUGUGAGACACCAUGUCCUAUCGGCCAAUAUGGGGAGGAUUGCAAUCAGGAAUGUUCCUGUCAGAAUGGUGCUAGCUGUGACAGGUUCAAUGGGGAGUGUUCAUGCCAUCCAGGCUGGUUAGGUCCCUACUGCACUAGAUCUUGUCCUGAUGGCUACUAUGGGCAGUGGUGUCGCCUACCAUGUGCUUGUGCAAAUGGUGGUUCAUGCAAUCAUGUAUCAGGUGAGUGUGUCUGUGCUCCUGGAUUCACUGGGGAUCAUUGUGAAGAGUCAUGUCCAGCUGGAACAUAUGGUCUCCAAUGUCUGUCAACUUGCUCAUGCCUUAAUGGAGGCAUAUGCCAUGGGAUAACGGGUGAUUGCAUCUGCCAAGCAGGCUGGGAGGGGCCAACAUGCUCGAGCCCUUGUCCGUCAAGAUACUAUGGAAAUCUCUGCAUGGAAGAGUGCCAGUGUCAGAAUGGUGCCCUCUGUGACCAUGUUGAUGGCUCGUGUUCCUGUGGGAAUGGUUGGCUUGGGGCUUAUUGUGAUAUCCCCUGUGAUGAUGGUACCUAUGGGCCAAACUGCCACAUGACAUGUUCCCACUGCCCACAGUAUCGUUGUGCAAACACUGAUGGAAGGUGCCUUCUUCUAGAGUGUCAACCAGGACAGUGGGGACAGGAUUGUGAGCAUGUCUGUCUGUGUAGGAAUGAUGGAGCAUGUGAUAGGCUGAAUGGAACUUGUUACUGCCCUGCAGGUUUCGGUGGAGACCUUUGUGAAUAUGAAUUCUUCCCCAUAGAAGAUGAUAUCAAUGAUUCUGAUCAAGUCAUUAAUGUCAGUCCUAAGAAGAGGACAGGCUCUGUGCCAAAAUUGACAGUAUCGGUUUCCUGUGUUGUCCUUAUUCUUGUAAUCAUUGCGGUCGUAGCUGUGGUCGUUUGGUACAAAAGAAAAAACAGGGGAGCCUACAGAAUUGAAGACCCAUUAUAUGUGAUGGGAACAGGUGGCAAUGACAGCCCCAUUAGUGAAGAAGUUCAAAUGUCAACGAUGGAGUCUGUCACUAGUACAGGAUCAGUCAAUACAAGUGAUGAGAGACAGUUGAUUGAUGAUACAUCAACAGGAGAGAAGGGUGUGUCUAGCUCCAAAGAAAACUCAAAAGACCUCAAAGAUGACCCUUCAUUGAGCUUCAAGAAUCCACUCUAUGGGAAUAACAUAUAAUCCAUUUAGGAGCUCCAGAACUUCAUAACCUGCUUUUAUCUUUGAAGUCAUCCAUAACACUUUUUUAAUAACUUAUGCACAGCUUUUUAGCACACCUCUAAUAAAGUGCUUAUAAGAUAUAAAGACAUUUUUAUAGAAGCAUUAGCAUAUUUCAUUUCAGAUUUCCAUCCAAUGGCUGCCACCAAUAUUGUCAGAUUAAGGAUUGUGUUAAGAUUGAUUUAUUGAGUUUAGUUGGUCUCAUCAUAAAUUCAAAAUCACUGAUUCAGCUGAUGGUGCAAUCAUAAUCAGAUAGGAAUGACCAGAGCUUUAUAAGCCAAGCUGUCAGUUAUUCAUCAAGAUACCUAUGAUGUUACAAUAAGGAUACCACCAUACCAUUAAUAAUACAUCCAACAGGCAUGGUCUCUGUAUCUGGUAUGCCUUGCUCUUGGUUACCCCAAUGGUCUGAUAGCUGGGUGCUCUCAGGUACACAAUAUGAUGAUCCUUGAUUAUUUGUUAACUAUUUAGUUUGAUAUUGACUUCCUUUCUUUAAUAGAUCAGAUACACUGUAUUGUUGAUAAUUUACAAAGGAGAAAUGUAUACAUUAUACCUCUCAUUUCUAUCAAAAUCUUAUUUUCUGUACUUUUUAUAAAAUUGAUUUAUCCAUUUAAGGUGGACUGCAUAUGGACAAUGACUAAGUGAGUGACUGUACUUUUUUCAAAUUCUGCCUAAUUUUGGUCUUUAUGUUCCGUUUAUUUCUCCAAAUGCAUCAACAAAAGUUGAUUGGUCAAGUGUUUUUAAUCGAUUAGCUUGUAUAAUUUUAGCUGGUAACUUCCAGGGGUAACUUGCCUUUGAUAAAAAGUUAUACAACAGAGAUCCUGGGCUGAAUGUAACUCAACUUUGUCACUUUACCAUUGUAUGGAAGAAUGUGAGCUGCCUUGGAAACUAGAUAUUGCUUGGACACAGUAGCGAACGCAGGGGGGUGUUAAAUGGGUUCAACCCCCCCUGAAAUUAUUUUCAAAACUUUUUUUUUGCUUGUCAAUUUGUUUUUGGGUAGGAUAUUACCUAAAAUUAUUUUAUUCAGCUUGAAAGCCCCCCUCCUUAAAAAAAAUCCUGCAUACGCUAUUGCUUGGAGAUGAUACUAUAACUAUUGGUGUGAUGAAUAGUAACCAGGGUCCCGUAACACAAAGGUUAGCGAUUGAUCGGAUGCUUGAUUUUUACGAUUGAUUGUA